CAACCAGGCUGUGGGACACCCGGACUUUCCCCUUCGGAGAAUCAAUAUUCAAGUCCUGAAUCCACCGUGGAGCAACGGAGCUGAGAGACGAGUGAGAUGUGUAGAGGAGCUGAACAUCAGCAGUGAAGACUGUUCUGAAAACUGAAGGGGAACAAGCCUUGUUCAUGCUGAAACUCUUUUGGUGGAGUACUUCAGUCGAUCAAGAAGAAUCAACAUGUUCUCCAAACUAAAGUGUCUGCUUGCGAUCCAGCUGCUGCUCUGUGAUCAGGUGUUCUCCAGGGCACCGCCUCAGGCCCCAGGCAGCAACAUCCAUGAAGUCGAAAAGAAGGUGUCAGGACCACGUCCUGAGGUUUUUAAACAACUCUACCUUAACUCUGCGGAGCGACAUCCUGACAAAGAACACAGCCGAGUUCAGUCGGCCGAACGUUUUGUAUCGGUUCUGAGGGGGAAACUUCAGAGCCAGGUGGAGGAGGGGCAGCAUUUUGGUGGAAGAUGUGAGGAGCUGCUGGCCGCGAGCAGGAUGGAUGACGCUUUAUCCUCAGUGUUUCCCCGGGAGCUCCUGGGUCUGUCUGUAGUGCCCGCACUAGUGAUGGGGGGCUGCACAGAUGAAGCACACACCCUGAUGCUGAACCUGUAUGACGUGCUGGGAGUGAAUGACACUGAGGAGCUGCUGUUGGACUUAGAAGAUCUGAUCCAAAAGAGAAUGAAGCGUCGACCAACGACAACACCUACAGAGGAUGAGCCCAACAUAGAGGCUGUGAUGGUUAACAUUCAGUUGCUGGCGGAGGUGAGACCCGGCGCCCAGAAGAUGGAGGAACACUGUGAGCGUUGGGUCCAAGUGAAUGGGUCUACAUUGUCAGGCACAGCCAUGGAGGGAAGCCUGGGAGAUCUGUACCAUGCUCUGGAUUCCUGUGGAAAACUGGGAGUCCUGUGUGCUGGGGUGACCAGCGGCAGCUCACCUGGACGAUACCACGCUGUAUUGAAUAAAGGAAGUCACAUUCAGCUCUCUGCUUCCUCUGAAUGCUGGAUCCAUCAGUGCAGUGCAGACCAGGAUGCCCCUACUACACCUGGUCUACGACUCAAGCGCAGUAUCUGCAUCAACAGGAAAGAGGAGCGGGUCUACCGGGUGAUGGAGUGGAUCCCUGGAGUCAGCACUCUGUACAACCUGGGCACGGCGGUGUACUACGCGUCGGUCAACUGCACAGAAACAGCCAAGGAGAGAGCCAUUCUCAGUGCUGUUGACCUGGGAACCGACGCUCUUGUGGUGGCCACGGGUGGAACUGCUGGGUUGGCUGGGUAUGCGCUGGGAGCUGGGGUGAAAACUGGGGUGAAAGCCGGGGUUAAGUACCUGAUCAACACCAUGAAGCAUCAUGAUGACGUGCUGGUGAACCAGUUUUCUCCAGAGGGUGGCGUCUUUACCGUGCCAUAGUCUCUUGCUAAGCCCACUCCGUUAUGUGUUCAGUACAUUUAAAAAAUCAGAAUUACUAGUGAUAAACAUCAGAUGCUGACGCAGUUGUCUGCAAUAGUAAAUACUACGUAGACUUGAAGGAAUAUACUCAAUGACAAUGAAUAGGUGUAGUAAUUACUUACGUUACUACGUACAACACAAAAGCCAGAACAUUUCUAAACAUUAUGAAAACUGUUUUACUCACAUGAUGUGUGAACGUUCACACUUGGGAACGGACGUUAAAUUUUACAGAUCUCAGGAAACCUUUUUCUGUUUUUUUUGUUGUUUUUUUUUUUUAUCACGUACAUUAGUUGCUAUGCCUGUUUGCUCAAUCUUCGGUUUUUGUUGUCGAUUUCUUCACAUCCGAACUGUACAUUUCGACGAUAUUUUAAGUUUUUAAAUGACACUUACAAAUUGUGUCGGAUUACUCCCGCUACAGACCCAAUCGCAUUUUACUAUUGUGCACGGGCAAGUGUUGAUUUCACACAAUAAAACAGUGUUUACCAAACAGUUGUUCAUUGUCUCGUUUUAU